AUGCCACCUGCAGGCGCAGCGUACAACAUCGACUGGGUCUGGUCUUUCGAAUCCAACGUCCACGUCGCCAACCACCGCGACUGGUUCACAGACUUCCGACCACUGACCUCCCACAUCAGCAGCAGUGUCGGCGACUCCUCAUCACCAGUCGAGGGCAUUGGGUCCGUGGAGCUCGAAGUGCGCAAACUCUACGGCGAAGCUGCAAAGAGGAACAAAGGCCCCAAGAACUCGAAAGUCGUCCUGCGCAAUGUUUUAUACGUGCCCAGCUUCCUCUGCAACGUGAUGGGGAAUCCCAUCAGGGAAGAGUAUGAUGUCUCGAUUGGCGCAGAACGGUGGUUGAUGGACAAGAAGACGGGCGCGGGUGUAGGACUGUUGGACAAGACCAAAGCAGGCACUGUCAAGCUCAUGUUGAAGGGGCAGGCAAAGGGAGAUACAGGUCUGACGGGUCAUGUGCCUGACAAGAUCGAUGUUCUGUGGUCUGAUGAAGAGAGGCAGAAAGCGCAGAUUCAGAAGCCGACAUGA